AAACAACGUCUGCUGCAGCUUGUGUUGACGCGUCUUGAGAAAAGGCGAGGAUUAACGAGAGGAAGUGAGUGUUUGGUGAUAAAAGUCAGCAGACGGGUCUCGUAAAGGAAGGAGAUGAAACGAAACCAUGUCGCAGCGCAGCUCAUCACCGAGGACAUGACUUCAUAAGACAAAACCCAGAAAAGAAACAACAACAUGACUAAACUAAACAGAUCAGGAGAAUCCAGGAAAUUCGACCCAAACUUUAAAGGGCCAAUUCAUAACAGGAGUUGCACGGAUAUCCUCUGCUGUAUUAUCUUUAUAAUCGCCUUGCUGGGAUACUUUGCCGUCGGCAUCCUUGCUUGGUCUCAGGGUGACCCCAAAAAGGUGAUUUACCCCACCGACAGUCGGGGGCAGUUCUGUGGGCAGGCUGGAACCCCUCUGGAAAAAAAACCUCUUCUGUUCUACUUUAACAUCCUGAAAUGUGCCAGUCCCCUGGUGCUGCUGGAGUUCCAGUGUCCCACCACGCAGUUAUGUGUGGAGAAGUGUCCCGACAGGUACCUCACUUUGAUAAAAGCCAAGUUAGGCAGCAAGGAAGACCGUGAGUACUACUCAGGAUACUGCAAGGAUGGAGUCAACUUCACCAGACUGAGUCCUCCUGAGAUCCUGAGGGACGGCCUUUGUCCUGCAAUGCUGCUGCCCAGUAAAGCUUUCACGCGCCGCUGCCUCCCCGCACUGGGAAGGAUGAAGGGGGGCGUGGUCGUGGUGGGAAACGAGACCACUUUUGUGGAUGAUGACAACAACCGAGUCAACGCCACCGAACUGCUGGACGCAUCAAAGAAGUCUAAUUACGCGUUGGAAGCUCGGCAGGUGGCUAUGAGAAUCUUUGAGGACUACACUCAGUCUUGGCACUGGAUUUUGCUCGGCCUGCUGAUCGCAAUGGCCGUCAGCUUGAUUUUCAUUGUCCUACUGCGAUUCUUGGCAGGCAUCAUGGUCUGGAUCAUGAUCGUUUUGGUUAUUCUCGUCAUCGGAUAUGGUAUUUUCCACUGCUACAUGGAGUUUGACAGCCUGAAAGGAGAACCCGGCGCCGACGUCACCAUCCGGGAUCUGGGCCUGCAGACAGACUUCUCUCUCUACCUUCAGAUCAGACAGACUUGGCUCGCCUUCAUGAUCAUCCUGGCCAUCGUGGAGUUCAUCAUCAUCCUGCUGCUCAUCUUCCUCAGGAAGAGAAUCCUAAUCGCCAUCGCUCUCAUCAAAGAGGCCAGCAGAGCCGUUGGUCAUGUUAUGUCGGCGCUGUUCUACCCUCUGCUGACCUUUGCCCUCCUGGGUGUGGUCAUCGCUUACUGGGCCAUUACAGCUGUGUUCCUCUCUACGUCUAACGAACAGAUCUACAAAGUGUUCAACAACUCCGACUGUCCGUUCUCUCUGGAGACCUGCGACCCGAAGACGUUCAACACCUCAAACGCUUCCGCUCAGUGUCCAGAUGCUGAGUGUCUGUUUGCUUUUUACGGUGGUGAGACCAUCUACCACAAAUACCUCAUCCUGUUUCAGUUCUACAACGUCUUCCUGUUCUUCUGGUGUGCAAACUUUGUGACGGCCCUGGGUCAGGUGACCCUGUCGGGGGCAUUUGCAUCGUAUUACUGGGCCUUUAAGAAGCCAGAUGACAUCCCAGCGUACCCCAUCUUCUCCUCUCUCGGGCGAGCCCUCAGGUACCACACCGGCUCCCUGGCCUUUGGCUCGCUGAUCCUGUCUUUGGUUCAGGUCAUCAGGGUCAUUCUGGAGUAUCUGGAUCACAAGUUAAAAGGAGCGCAGAACAGGUUUGCUAAAUUCCUGCUCAGCUGCUUGAAGUGCUGCUUCUGGUGUUUGGAGAAAUGCAUCAAGUUCCUGAACCGGAACGCUUAUAUCAUGAUCGCCAUCUAUGGGAAAAGUUUCUGCACUUCGGCUCGAGACGCGUUCUUCCUCCUCAUGAGGAACAUCGUUAGGGUGGCGGUUUUAGAUAAAGUCACUGACUUCCUGCUGUUUCUGGGGAAGCUCCUGAUCGUUGGCAUCGUGGGAAUUUUCUCUUUCUUCUUCUUCUCCGGGAGAAUCAGAGCCGUGGAGGACGCUGCGCCUGCCCUCAACUACUACUGGGUUCCAAUCCUGACGGUGGUCUUUGGAGCCUACCUGAUCGCUCAUGGCUUCUUCAGCGUCUACGCCAUGUGUGUGGACACACUCUUCCUGUGUUUCUGUGAAGACUUGGAAAGGAACGACGGCUCCUCUGAGAGACCUUACUUCAUGUCUCUCGAGCUGCACGAGAUCCUCUCCAAGACUAAGAAAGUGGAGGAGGUGUGCAAUGGCACCGAGCAGCCAGACGGCGCCACUAAAGAGGACGAGGUGAAGCUGGAGGAGGAAACGCUUCUUCAGCCGCAGGGUGGAGAGGUCCAGCUCAAACAGGAGCCUGUGCUCAAGCAGGACAACGAGAAGCAGCCACUGCAGUCCAACACCGAGGAUGAAGAGCCAAAAGAGGAACUAAAAGGCAGUGAGGGAGAUGAAGGUGAGAAGACAGAAGCACCAGAGGGGAAAGAAGCAGUAGAAGAACAGGAACCAAAAGCAGAGGAGAAGGUAGAGGAGGUGUCAGCCGCAGCUGUGGAGGCUGAUGAAGAGAAAACGGAUGAAAAGAAAGAAGAAAACCCAGAAUCAAACGAGGAAAAUGCUCCAUCUGCACCCCAGGAGUAGAUGCUGCAGAACAAACAUGGCCUGAUAAACCUCCUGAAGCCUAAAGAAUGAAAGAUGUGUACGUACAGCGUUGUGAUCCGGACCUAUUAAAUGUAAAGCAUCCAGCUCACGUGUCAGACGUGCGUGGACGCCGUCCCCCCGCAGAAGGUUUCGUUCAGAAGCCCGGGGCAGGUUUGCAGCUUGAAUAAAGCGAAGCUUCUCUGUGUUGGUUUUUUAUAUCGUGAAGACCCGUAAACCGUAGUGAGUGCUGAACUCGUGCCUGAUUCCCGUCAGUGAUUUUUGUUUUAAUCUCGUCGCCGGAUGCACUACAGAACCAACCGCGUUUACAGUCACAACAAACAUUUUCUCGGUGAAUCUCUGUUUACAACAAAACCAGCUAACGCCAAAAUGGUUCCAACAUGUGGAACACACUGGAUGAAAACUGGGUUUUUUCAUACGGAACGUGUAAAUAGCGUCUGUUCAUUGUGACUUUUCUUGUUGGGCUUCAGUCUUGUUGAGAUCCUCACCGGGGACUGACUCCACAUGUUGUAUCGCCACCUUCUUGCCUUGUUAUCUGGUGUAAGUGCUGUGACUGUGUGGCCACGAUGCAGACACCACGACCUCUGCAGAUCCCCCUUCCCCUCGAGCCUGGCCCGCCAGACUCCUCCUCCUGUUUAGUUCUGCACAGAGAAAGGGUCUGGGAACCCCGCCCCCUGAGAAUUCUAACCGAGCCAAUCAGCGCUGAGCAGCGUACGUCACACAUCGAGUUUGUCGAACAUGGCGACUGAAGCGGAGUUCGCCGCAGCUCUUUCCUCUGGUCUAAAUGACUCGGACACGUCUUUAAAACAACAAGUAGAAGCGCCAAAAGCCUUUAUCCUAAAAAAAAAGAUGUUUGCGCCGUCGCCAGACACCAUUUUUGACUACAGCUAAAAAACUACACACAGCGAGGCUCAGUUUCUCAUAAACAGCGAAGACAGCGGCGGAGUUCUCUGCGGCUCUUUCCUCUGGUCUAAAUGACUUGAAUGCCUGUAAAACCACAAAUAGAAGCGCUAAAAGCAUUUCUUAGGUGUGUUCUUGCUGUGUCGUAUCUCUAAUUCCAUGUUGUAGUUCAUUUUUAAAACACAGCAGUUUUGUUUACCUGUUUUCCCGCUAUGCUCUGUGUUUUAAAAAAGAACUACAGCAUGGAAAAAGCAUUUCUUCUAAAAGAAUAAAAGACGUUUGCGCCGUUGCCAGACGCCUUUUUUUUUUAAACUACAGCUAAAAAACUACAGCGUUGCGCGGUACAGCAGGAGCGGUGUUAGGCCCGGCUACUUGGGCUGAAGCCCCAGAUGUUUCAUGAAAAGCCCCGGAUCUAAAUCGCGGAAGUAACAUGCAGUACCAAAGUCCAACAGAGAGGGAGCAGCUGGCAGUAGUUUGUAUACAGCCUGCCUGAGCCUCCACCACUGAAGAAGAAGCCCUUCAGCAGCCGGCUUCUUCUACAGUCUGCCUGAAACGCAUGAGUGAAGAUGGACAUGAGGACGUUUAUUAGACCAAAAGUACCGCGACAGAACCCCAGCUUUGAUGAGACUGGUGCUGACUCAGGUUUGUGAGUCUUAUUUGAAAAUAUUUGUUGUGCUGCUGGUUUGCCUAAAGUUAGCUUAUAAGGUAAAGUUGAUGGAGAAAGAACGGGAAUAUUUACUAUCAUCUCACACUAAACACUAACAGGAACAAUACUCUGCCCUGAAAAUGCUUAAUGUGUAGCUUCAGAUUAAAAAUUAUGUGGUACAAGACAAAUAUGAUGUUGACUAGUGCGUGUCAUGUGUGUGUGUGUGUGUGUGUGUGUGUGUGUGUGUGUGUUAAGCCCCGGAUCUUCUUCAGUCCUAAAUCCACCCCUGCGCCUGCGGUACAGUCUGCAUUUCCGUCUUUUUUUCUGAUUGGUUAUUUUUCAGCUGCCUAGUCCCGCCCCUCAGGAGGUUACCAGACCUUCUCUGUGCAGAGUUAAAUAGAGGACGAGUCUGGCAGGCCAGGCUACUUCCCCUCUCGUUUACAGACUCCUGAUUGCCUUGCUUUUCCCUUCUCCUGAUCUUUCUCUCCGUCUUAAGUUCUGCAUGGUGUCGACUCGACCUCCUGAAUGCUCGCAACGUAACUUCUUAAGUGUCUGGAUGCGUUUGUACUUCUCUUGUCUGUGAAAGAUGUGAAGUCUUUUUCUCCCACUGAAACUUCUGAUGACAUUCCAUAUUUACUGGAUGUAAAUCUUGAUUAGAAGUGUAUUUAAUCAUUGUAGUUCUGCUAUGGGUGAACGUGCAAACUGUCAGGAUGGUUUAGUAUUUGGAAACCGGUGAGAUUUCAGAUGAAGGAAUAAAAUUUAAAGGGAACUCCAACAGUUUCACAUGUCCGAGUCACUUUGAUUUGUGCAUUUGUCCCUUAUAAAAACAAUGAAAUGUAUUCAUUCUGGACUUUGUGUGGUUGUGAUUUGUGAAUAUUUCAAAGUAAAACAUACCUGAAGAAAUUUUUGAGAAGUCAGAGUAAAUAAACAAAUAUUUGCAACUAAA